AUGAAUUUCUCAACCAUCUUCUCAACUAUCUUUGUUCUAUUCACAUUUCUAUUCCAUGUUUCAUAUUCUGCAAUUAUACUGAAUUAUCCACGAGUUCAAGUUCAAGAUCCUUUGCAUUUUGAUAGUUAUGGAAAUUUAUUAAUUGGCAAUCAGUUUAAUGGAUUCUACCCAGGCACAUGUCUUGGCCCAAGCUGUCCGUGGGGAAAAUAA